UUAUAUUUUAAGACUAAUAAAUGAAUUAUCCGCUUCUGCUAUUGGAUGAAAAGAUAAAAAAUAUCUAUAAAUUGAAAUGUUCAAGUAAUCUUAUUUACAUUUGCGGUUUCGAAUCUAAUCAAUCAACAUGAGGUUUUUAAUCCUUUUUGCAGUUGGAGCUCUCUUUGGAUGCGUUCAAUGUGAUAAAGAAUGUUUCAGAGCCGUGUUCAAAGAGUGCAUAAAGGAACCCAUUCCUUCGGAACGGCUGACUUUGUGUGAUGAAACCAAGAAUAUCGUGGAAUGUAUUUCUCGAUUUGCGGACAAAUGCAAAAUGGAUUUCAGGGUAGAUGCCGAAUAUUUUAAUACAGCAGUUCAAAGAGUGUGUAAGGGCGGCUCUUUACGUAAAUUAUUUGAUGAAGAAAAGGCUUGUUACAAGGCAGCAGUCAGCGACAGCGAAUGUGACGGACCCAUAAAAAAAGCAUUGAAUAACGCUAAGACAACUGAAGAAAUCGUCAAGGCCAACAAAAAGGUUUGCAAAUUAUUCAAACCCUUCUCAGUUUGCGUGGGUAAAAAAGUGACCAAGAACUGCGGAAUUGCAUCUCGCAUCCUGUUCGACUCGUUGUAUAACCCUUACCAGAGUUUGAGCAACUCGCUUUGCGAGCAGUUGGUUCUCCCGGCAAAUGAGAAGGAGGACCGGCCUGACAACUUCGGAUUAAUCAGUUCCUAUUCGUCUUUAACAGAGAUGUUCUCUUAAUAAAACUGUUUAAAUAAAUCCAAUCAAUAAAAUAUUGUAUGCAUUUUU